AUGGAUACUCGCACCUUUGUCUCCGACUCCCUCCUCCACUUCACAGGGGCGUCCGACCCGACAAUUGUCGACUUUGUCAUUGCUACCGCGAGCGAUGCGAAAUCGGCGGGUGUACUACGAGACAAACUUAUACCGUUUUUAGAGGGAGGCGAUGAACAUGGCAUUGACGCGUUUUGCGCCGAUCUUUACGGGCGAGUGGGUUCUGGUGCUGGUGCUGGGAAACGACAACGUUCUAAUACCGCGGCCGAGUCAUCGUCAAGGAAAAGAUACCAAUUAGUUGAAAUGGGGGAUGAUGAUGCAGAUCUAGCAUAUACGAGUACAAGUCGGGAACAAUCAGAUAAGCGCAGACGCAACAAGGGGAAAGGAGAUGGUGGUAGCGCGCGCAGUCGUUGGGAGAACGAGGACGAAGACUCUGAACAGCAACUACAACGCAAUCGACGGCGCGAGAAAGAUGCGAGCAGUAGUAGUAGAAAGAGGGAUCGAAGUCGAGAUGCCGAUGACCGUUCCCGCCGUUCGCGGAAGCUUCGCAGAAGAGGAGAUGGUAAUGACGAUUUUGAGGAUCGCUGGGGUGAUGAAGAGAUACCCGAGGAAGAACUACACAAUGAGGAGGAGGAGGAGAAUGAAGCGAUGGAAUUACCGGCGAAACGCACUCGGCUGGAAGAUGGUUCGGCAUCGCCUCGAUCGGCAUCGGACAUGGAUGAAGGUGCCCGGGCGGAACGAGAUCGUCUGCGCGACUUGAAGGAGCGUGAUGAGUUUGCGAAACGGUUGGCGGAGAAAGAACAUUCCAAGUCGAAGAAAAAGAUAGUUGAAGAUCGCACUCGCCGGGCCGGUGACUCAAGUCGUCGUGCUUUGGCAGACGACGCCGAGGCCAGAAAUGCAGCUAUGUCGGAUCUUCGGUUGCGGUCUAGGCAGGAAUAUUUGAAGAAGCGAGAAGUGGAACGAAUCGCACUUCUCCGGAGGCAGGUCGCGGAGGAGAGCAUGGAAUUACGUGAAAACCCUACUCUUACUCGCCGAGAGAAGGAAGAAUUCGCAAGGAACCGCGAAGUUCUUCGCAUAGCAGAGGAACGACUCCGUAUCGAUGAUCACCGCGAUGGCUAUAUGAUGCCCGAGGACUAUAUCACGGAGAAAGGCAAGAUUGAUCGGAAGAAGAAAGAGGAAGCUUUAUACAAGCGAUAUGUCGAUCGCGAUGAGCAAGGUCAGGAACGGUUUGUCACGGAACAGGAGGAAUGGGAGCGCGAGCAAACAGCCAAAGCAAAAGCACAGAUCUCGCGAGCCGAGUUUGUGGACGAGGGAGAUUACGAAUACGUAUUUGACGAUGCGCAAAAGAUCAAUUUUAUCAUGGAUUCCAAGCUUGAGGGCGAUAGAAAGCCAUUGACCAAAGAGCAACGGAUGCUACAGCAGCAGUUGGAUGCGGCCGAAAAGAAAGCGGCAUCUAUUGAAGAAACGCGGAAGAGCCUUCCUAUAUAUCAGUUCCGAGAUGAAAUCAUUCAAGCCGUGCAUGAUCAUCAGGUGCUCAUCAUUGUUGGAGAGACCGGUUCUGGGAAGACCACGCAGAUCCCCCAGUAUCUACACGAGGCGGGCUAUACGAAAAAUGGUAUGAAAAUUGGUUGCACACAACCACGACGAGUGGCUGCCAUGAGUGUUGCUUCUCGAGUAGCAGAGGAGAUGGGAGUGAAGAUAGGCAACGAAGUUGGCUAUGCCAUUCGGUUUGAAGACAACACUAGUGACAAAACCGUUCUAAAGUACAUGACGGACGGUAUGCUUCUACGAGAGCUCCUUACAGAGCCCGAUCUGAGUGCAUAUUCUUGCCUUAUGAUCGAUGAAGCUCACGAACGUACACUCAGUACAGACAUAGCCUGUGGACUGCUAAAAGAUAUCGCCAAAGCACGACCGGACUUGAAGCUUCUCAUUUCUUCGGCGACGAUGGAUGCCCAAAAGUUUCAAAAGUAUUUCAACGACGCACCUAUUUUCAACAUCCCUGGCCGCCGAUACCCUGUCGACAUUCAUUACACUUCCCAGCCGGAAGCUAACUUCCUUGCUGCUGCUAUAACUACGGUCUUCCAGAUCCACAUCACACAAGGGCCCGGUGAUAUCCUGGUGUUCCUGACGGGUCAGGAAGAAAUUGAAGCAGCGGAACAAAGUCUUCAAGAAACGGCGCGCAAGCUGGGCGGCAAGGUGCCUGAAAUGAUCAUCGCUCCGAUUUAUGCAAAUCUGCCAUCGGAGUUACAGACGAAAAUCUUCGAGCCUACGCCUCCGGGAGCAAGGAAGGUUGUCCUUGCAACGAACAUCGCCGAGACUUCUCUGACUAUUGACGGUAUAGUAUAUGUUAUUGACCCAGGGUUUGUCAAGGAAAAUGUGUUCAAUCCUCGCACUGGCAUGGAAAGUUUGGUGGUUACCCCGUGCUCGCGAGCAUCUGCGGGCCAGCGAGCAGGGCGCGCGGGACGUGUUGGUCCGGGCAAAUGUUUCCGGUUAUACACCAAAUGGGCAUAUCACAACGAGUUGGAGGAGAACACGACACCGGAGAUACAGCGUACGAACCUUAGCAGCGUCAUACUCAUGCUCAAGGCUCUGGGCAUCGAUCAGCUGCUUGAUUUCGACUUUAUGGACCCUCCUCCUGCCGAGACCAUCAUCCGCGCAUUGGAACAGCUCUAUGCAUUAGGCGCACUCAAUGACCGUGGCGAGCUUACUAAGGUUGGAAGACAAAUGGCAGAAUUUCCCACGGACCCGAUGCUGGCCAAGUCCAUCCUGGCAGCUGAUAAGUACGGAUGUGUGGAAGAGGUGCUCUCGAUCAUUUCGAUGCUUGGCGAGGCGAGCGCUCUUUUCUACCGGCCCAAGGAUAAAAAGAUCCACGCGGACAGCGCUCGAGCACGAUUCACAAUCAAAGAGGGCGGCGACCAUCUCUCGCUGCUCAACAUCUGGAAUCAAUGGGUCGACUCGGACUUCAGCUACGUCUGGGCCCGCGAGAAUUUCCUGCAACAACGCAGCCUGACACGGGCGCGCGAUGUCCGCGACCAGCUUGCAAAGCUGUGUGAUCGCGUCGAAGUCACGGUCUCAUCGGCGGGGGCCAACAAUAUCAUCCCGAUCCAGAAAGCGAUCACCGCGGGAUUUUUCCCGAAUGCGGCGCGUCUGCAGCGCGGUGGUGAUAGUUACCGGACUUUGAAGCAGGGACAAACUGUCUACUUGCAUCCGUCGAGCACGCUCUUUGAGGUCAAUCCGAAGUGGGUUAUUUAUCACGAGCUGGUGCUUACGAGCAAAGAGUACAUGCGCAACAUAAUGCCCUUGCAAGAUAUAUGGCUCCUGGAGGCAGCUCCACAUUAUCACAAGAAGAAGGAUUUGGAGACGCUGGGUUUGGAUAAGAAGGUACCUAGAGGGGAGGGUGCGGCUGGAGAGAGAAGCAAGAUGUAA